UUUUUUUUUUUUUUUUUUUUUGCUGGACAUCAUAUUUACUUUUUAUGACGCUGCUAAUUUAUGUUUAAAAAAUCACUUGUUGAGUGAUGUCAGCAAUAGGAUUUGGAGAUGAACUUGUUCGUGAUUAUUUAAUAUUCCGUGGUUUUUUUUCCGCUUUGAAGGCUUUUGACAGCGAAGUGAAAGCUGAUAAAGAUAGAGGAUUUAGGCCUGAUCGUAUUGUUGAACAUCUGAGCAGCUGCAUCAUCAAUUUAGAUUUAACAACAUUAAGAGAAGCAUGGGCGCAUUUGGAUCAGCGAUUUUUUUCGAGAUUGGAACAUUCUUUUUUAGGUACUGCCAGGAAAUUAGAAGUUGCUUUGCUGCGAAUGUAUCUGGUUACUUGUAUUUCAUCUGGAAGACAAGAUAAAUUGUUGGACUUUUUUGAAAAGAUGACUCCAGAUUUACAAGGACAACCAGAAUGGAAGGACUGGUUUGCUCUUCCUUUUACAAAAAAUGCUGAUGAACAUCCUACUUAUGCUGUGUACUUUUCACGUCAGUGGCAGGAUACUAUGCUUCUUUCCCUGCACAACUUCAUAAGUGUGGUGUUUCAAAGUGCCGCAAUGCCAACAUUAUUGAGUUAUGAGGAAGAUUUUAUCAAGCUUCAGCAUCUUUCUGAAGAAAAUGAAAUGUUGAAAAAAAAAAUAUCAGAGCUUCAAGCUGGUGAACAUGUUGAGAUUCCAAAAAUAACCCGUGAUACAGAAAGCCAUGAUUUGUGUGCUCAUUCUGAAUUGAUGGAUGACUUUUAUGUGAUAGCUCAAGAGACUCCUCCUGAAAAUACUGGUCGCUCUAUAAAGUCAUUGAUUCGAAAUUUUAGUGGAGCUCUUCCUACAUCUCCUGUUUUAAGUCGACGCCCUACUGAAUCUCGGAAGACAGAAGAAGCAUCAAGUAAUUUUAAGGCAUUUGAAAAAUCUAAAGGUUCAACUAAGCCUGGCAAAGUAAAACCUAGAUCUCCUAGUGUUCCACCUCAUCCAUCUGGAACUCUAACUGUGUUUGAAUCUUCAAAGUCUAAAAAGGACAUAGCUGAAACAAGUAGAUCAGUUUCUUAUGAGGAUAGCCAGACAUCACAGGCUAAAUAUUCAAAACUACCUGCCAAAACACAGUUAAGUUCACCACCAACUGUGCAAUCACCAUUACAUUCAAGUAGUUAUGAAGGCAAAAGUGGGUUUAUCAUAUUGAGCCGAGAGAAGUAUUCAGAACAUAAUUCAUUCAUAACACAUUGUAAAUUCAACUCUUCUGGCACAGCUGUAGCUAGUUCUGAUAUGGAUGGUGUAAUUAAGUAUGUAUUAUAUUUAUGACAAUUUGAUGAUUUUAUAUUCUG